GAAGCGGAUGUUUUGAAACAUGUUUGGGCAUAGAAACGACUGAUCAUGGCUAUGAACGAUUUCUUGUAUUUUUGUACAAAAGAAUCAUGACAACCUUACGACAAGACAUUGAUUUUCAUGGACUUUUUAGAAAACUAGGUCACAGCUUAGAAGAGAUUCGAAUACGUGCUUUGGAGAGCAUCCUUUCAAAAUUAGAGCACAGUCUUAUCUGUGAACAUGACCUUAUUCAUGAGCGACAUCUUUUUAUUAGACUUUUAGAAUGGUUCAACUUUACACCAUGUGCCAAAAAAGAGGAAGUGCUACAGUUGUUAUACAGACUGUCAAAGCACUGGGCAGCAGCAGAACUGAUUCAAAGUAUUGGAGGAAUCGAAUUUCUUACAAACGUGAGAGGAGAUUUGGAGUUAAGACUCCAGCCAACAGUGGACAAGAUCCUAGAGAAUAUUAUGCAUCUUCCAGAGGCCAGUGGACAAGACCAUGCCCCUGAAUGUAUUUAUCACAAAACUGCUGACAGUGUGGGAGGUGCUAGAACUUCCAUAUCACCUCCUUUAACAUCCAGCAUAUUUGGUAACCAUGGCAACAUUUCACCUGGUUAUUUUGAGGGGGAACAUGAGAAACGUGAUGCUGAUGAAGUCACUGCAGAACCAAGACUUUGUUUGAAAUCAGGUGACAGUGUAAAUUUUAAGAUGGUGACAUUUCCCUGGCUUCCUUUGACAAUGACAGACCGUCAUGUCAUCAUGUCAACAAACAGGUCACUGCAGAGCAAGGAACAAAACCUGUUGAUCAGUGCCUGUGAGUUUCUUAGUGAAGUGGUGUUUCAAGAUUUUCCUGCUGAAAUAUUCCUUCAGAGACCACAGAUUAUCAAGAGCCUUAUGUCUUUGUUGAAUGUUGGGCCUACAAUAGACCCAGCAUUGGUGGUCUGUGCAGCACACACAUUGUCAGAUUUGUGUAAGUGUCUGCAGGUUCGAAUACAGUAUUUUCAGGAUCCCACUCUCUACGUACCCAAGCAAGAAUUCGGUUUGUCAUCAUCCCCAUCAACAUUUUCCCUAACUGGCAGUUCCUCUAGUCCUGCUUUAUCCUCUGACACACUGAUUGGCUGGAGUGAUCGCCGUCGCCGUGGAGAUGGAAGGGAUCAAGAUUCUUCAGAGUCUGAUGGCAGAGAUUCAAGUGUCGGAGCUGACUCAGGGCAUGCAGUGUAUGAAACAGAUUUGGAAGAAACUGACUCACUGCAGUACAUGCAGGUGUCACUCCCACAGUUUGCUGUUAAUGUACUACAAGGGGCACUGCAAAACUUGCGCACCACCCAUCAGAAGGCCAGCAUGGAACUGCUAAGGCUAGGGUUUGAAUCAUGGAAGAUUCUUGCCGUGGUCUUGUCCACUGACCUCUGGAACAGUGCAGCAGAGUCAGCCCAAGAUUUGGUGGAGAGACUGAUGAGGAGUUUGGAAACAAUUGCUGAUCUUCUUGACUACCAUCAUCAUGGCAAGUACAACUCUGGUGCAUCCUCAAGUGAAGAAGGGAGUACGAUUGCCCAGCAGAGGCGUGUGUAUGUUGGCAUUGUUAGCCUUCUUUCUCAUGUCCUGCACCUUGUGCCAUCUGACAUGGCUUCACAUGUGGUUCCAGAAAAACUGCAGAUUGUUUUAGGAAAGGUAUUGUUUGACGAGAGUCUGGCAAUCAGUUACCCACAGUGUCAUGCUGUGCUGACCCACUUUGCCCACCUGCUAAAUCUAGAGACCCACAGAAUCCUGUGCCAGGUUACACAAGUUCGCCAAUCCAUGCAUGACACCUGCAGAUUUAUGAUGCAGGCAAGAUCUCAGACAUUGAGUCCUGAAGAGGCAGCCUCACUUGCAGACAGAGCCAUCGCCAGUUUACCUUAUCACCUGCAUCUGCCAUUCAUAGAAGAGUUUGUUAAAUUCUUCUCACAUCUAUGCAGCAGAAGUAGCGCAGACAAAAACAUUGUGUCACGAUGCACUGGCACAUUUCUAAAAAUGCUGUCUCAUCCACUUCUAAUUAUCCGACAGCACACAUACCAAAUUUUGUUUAAAACUGUCCAGGCAAAUCUGAAUCCUUCAAAUGAGGCUACAGAUGUUAAAUACAAGGGUCACUUGGAGACAAAGUUUCUUAUCAACAGUGAUAUCUUGUAUGAAAUCAUCUGCUUUGGGCUGGCUGAUUCAGACAACAAAGUGUGCAGCCUUGCAAAGGAAGUGAUAUUCCAUUUGCUUCAAAGUCGGUUGCUGCUAGGAGAUGAGCUCUGGUCAGAGUUUGCCUCGGCUCUCCUCAAGUCUUUACCAGUCCUGCAGUCCUAUGUGGAUUUGACUUCGAGGUUUGGGCGAAGGAUUUGGACAAUGCUAGACCCUUUAGUGGCUUCUGACAACCUAUGUUUACUAGAAAAGCUGCGAGGCAACCUUCGGCUCAUGUUAUCUGCAGAUGCAGGACUCCGAAGUGAAGUGGUGAAGCGCCUGGGCUGGUUUCUAGCUAAUGAGUCAGACAGCUGUGACAGGCGUCCUGUGCCUGCAUCUGUUGAUGUCAAAUGCCUGCUAUCACUAUUUAUAACAGAGACAUCACAUUAUCUGGAUGAAGAUAAUUCCAGAUCGGUUUUCCAGGAGCAAGGCAUGAAACAAGUCUAUGACAUUUUCACGGCUGACCCUGUGGAUCCUGAAGUAAAAAAAUCGGCAGUAGAUCAGUUGGCAAUUAUGCUUCAAGAUCCACAUCUCCAUGCUGCAUUCCGCCAGAAUGGAGGGUUAGAGGUCAUUCUUCAGAUUCUUCAUGCUGCGGUGAUGAAACCCGAGCAGGGAGAGGCCCAGAAAUCACAAAUUCCAUACAUUCCAGCAUGUGUGACUAUCUUGCGUUACUUACUGCACUGUGACUACACAUUAUGUCACAACCUGAGUCGUGAUGCAUCUUUGUACUAUGACUUGCUACGAGUGUCAAUGAUGCUGCUGGAGAACAAAAGUGUUGCCUAUCAAGUUUCACACAUUUUCACCUUGCUGCUCUUUGAUGAGGUGGCCAAGUUUGAUGUAAGCUCAGCGCAUGCUGGACACUUGAAAAGAAGCUUCUCGCUCCCAGCUGUUAUAACCCAAAGGUAUCGCCUGCCCUUUCGUGCAAUGGUGCACCACACUGUCAGCCCAAGUGCUGUGUUGGCGCCUGCAGAUGAAGAUGUACUGAAGACUGCUAGUCCUCAGGAAAUGCUGCGUGUGGCCUGGAAUGUAGCAUGGUGUGGAGGACUGGAUGAGUUGCUGCAACUGCUCAAGUCUGGUGGCUCAAAAAUGGAUGAAAUUUGCGAUUUCAACAAGGCAAUGCUGCUGACAUCAGUAGACAAAGAGAUUUUGGCUGUCUCAAGCCUAAAAUGGUCUCUGCAGACAGGUGUUUAUGCUGUAUUGAAUGCCACAUCCCAUGCAGAUGUCUCAUCAGCCCUGACCUGCAUUUUGAUGCAUGUUGCUACCUUGCCAUUUGAGACUGCGUCAGCUCAUUAAACGCUAAACUGGACCUCAGCCCUUGAGAGAUUUUUGUCAGUGACACCGUCCUCCACUCGCGAUGAGAAUCUACUGCUUGAGGUGCUGCAGUUCAUUUGCUACAUUCUAGAGUUAUCUGCAUCUGUGCCAGAGCAGAUUCAGCUGUGGCUUGGAGAGAAAUUAUAUGAUCCUUCUGGACCACUAAUAGGGCUUUUAAACUGUGCGCUGACAGCAGCCGAAGGGAGAGAGGCAUCCAGUGGUUCUGUUGGUCCUAAGCGAUCAUUAGACAAGGUUGUGCUUCAAUUUAUCAAAGUCUUCAUGAGCAAACUGCCAUACAAGCUACAUAAGAGGUUGUCAGUACCUCAGAGACGCGGAGACCUGUCACGGAAGCUGCUGCUGCGUCUGAACAUUAGUGAUGGGCCGCACUUCUAUAAUCUGGCAGCACUUGAAAGUACUUUGAUAUGUCUGUCACACAUCACAUCUAGGCUAGGAUGGAGUGAGGAGUGUUCAGAGCUGGAUCCAUCUGCUCUGUGCUCACUCGUCCUUAACUGUCUGCUUGAGGUAGUGUCAUCAUUCCAUGGUUGGACGGGCACAAUCUAUGUCCCUACAUGGCAAAGGGUCUAA